AUGAUCACGAUCACCUACCAAUUCGGCCCAGUGUGGCUGAACUGCAAGAAGGUCAUCUUGAGUGGCCGACCAGACUACAGUGUCUGGUACGGAGUGAGUGAGGCUUUGUGCCUCAAUGUUUUGAUUGUUGAGGCAAAGGGGUCGCCCAAGGCGACAAACCCGAUUGCCCAACUGCUCGGGUACAUGGGCUGUAUUCACCGAGCCCGCAAGUCAGAGGGCAAGCGCAACUGUGGGGUGUAUGGAAUGGCCUCCACCGGCGAUACUUGGACUUUCCUGAAAAUUAGCAACGAGGACUAA